AUGACGUCCCGCUUGCGCGAUCGACGCGUCUCAAUAAACUCAAUGGCCCUGACGGAGAAACUGAUCCAGAGCGUCUCCGGUUACCCGGUGCUCUACAACGCGUCGCUGCACGAUUAUCGCAGUUCCGAGCGGCGCGUGAACGCGUGGAGGGAGGUCGCCGCGUGCGUCGGGCUCUCCGUGAUCGAGUGCAAGAGAAGAUGGAAGACCAUCAGGGACCGAUAUAUCCGAGAGCGGAGACUCUGCAAGCUGAAGAGAGAAGAAGGAGGCCGGCGCCUGCAUUACUGGCCACACAGAGAAAGCCUCUCCUUCCUGGACAAUCACAUCCGGAAGAGGAAGAUUCCCAGCGAAGCCGAGGCUCUGGAGGAUCCGGACGACGGGGACGGAAGCGCUCGCGAUUCGCCCGAGGAGUCGCUCGACGAGUCCAGCGGCGGAGACUCAAAGUCCAGCCUGGGAAACCAAGCCAAGAGUGACGGCAGGUUUGAGCCCAAGCAUCCGCUCAAAGCGGCGAUCCCGCUGACUCCCAUAAUGCCCCUGUCUAUCGUGGCUCAGCUCAAACCCCUGCAACACAUGAGGCCGCUGGCGUCCGGUCCUCCUCCGGGCCUGAAGGGGGCGCCGGCGUCCGGUUCAUCAGCGCAGCCCGCGGAGGAUCCGACACACACGCGGGUCUCGGAGCAUCAGACACACACACGGGUCUCGGAGAACGAGCCUCUAAAGAGCGUCCAGAAAGCCUUGGAUGAGGACGAGCUGUUCCUCUUGAGUUUCGUCCCGGCCCUCAAAAGACUGACGCCGCAGAAAAGAGCCGCGGUUAAAAUGCAGAUCCAGAAGAUCAUGUUUGACGCAGAGUUCAAGGACCAGUGAACGCAAGACAAGUACAUGCAGCUUUACACUGGAGCCCGAAAACAUCUGACUGUCAGUUAUUGGACAAAUUAUGACUGUCAAAAUUCUGACAUAAGACGUAAAAAAAGUCAAAAUUUGUACGACUAUUUUCAGUGUACGGACGUCACGCUUCUUUUGUCGUUUGUUACUCGGUUGUCCUGCAGGCGACGGGUGUUUGGGAUGUGCACACCAGUUUUGUAUUUUUGAAAUUAUACGUCAAAAUUCAGACACAUGUCAAAUUUAUCAUAUGAAGUGAAAAUUCUGAAUUAAAGAUGUAAAAAGUUCAAAACUUUCCUGCGUCAAAAUUGCAACAAAAAGUGACAUAAUGGUUUAAAUUGCGAGUCAAAAUUCUGACUUAAGUCGUAAAAAGUCAAUUGACCUAAUGACAUAAAGUCAAACCCUAACCCUAAUAAAGUCAAAUUCUGACUUAAGACAUAAAAAGUAAAAUCUGACUUGUGUCAAAAUUGUGACAAAAGCUGAGAUUUGACAUUAUGCUUGAAAUUACGAGUCAAAACUCUGACUUAAAUCGUAAAAAGUCAAUUGACGCGAGUCAAAUAUGACAAAAAUUCUGACGUAAUUUUUUUUUUUUUUUAAAUUUUACUUACAAAAAGUUGGAAUUAUGUCAUUAUGGUUGAAAUUACGAGUCAAAACUGACUUGAGUCGUAAAAAAAGUCAAAUUUUGAUUUAGUGAAAAUUCUUCUGACUUAACAUGUAAAAAAGUCAAAAUUACAACAAAAAGUUUAAAUUAUGACACACUAAGUCAUAAUAAGAUGUAAUUAUGCCAUAAUGACAGAAUUUUGACUUAACACUUAAAAAGUUGAAAUUGACUUCAAAUCUGACCGUUGAAAUUAUAAUUCAAUUAAAAAAUUAUAAUUAAAAUAUAAAAAAGUUAUAAUUCUGAUUUAAGUCAUAAUUAUGAGUCAUUUGAAAAGUAAAAACUGCCUUAAAAAGUCAGAAUUAUGACAAAAAAUGUAUGACAUUGUCAAUAAAAUAUAUUGACACAAUAUAUUUUUAUUUAUCAAUAUAUAGACAAUAUCUAUACUUGAGACAAAAGAAUCAUUUCAACUUUUCAGAGUUAAAGAGCGACGAACACACUCGUUCACUCCAGAUCUGUCCCUCAGUAAAAGUAAAAGUAACUUCACACUGAAACAUUUGAUGCUUUAUUUGUGUCUGAAGCUGGAAAUAAAGUCCUGAGCGUUUGACUAGCUUUUUGAUUAGAGAUUUAGUGGCACAAAAGACCCUGUUUUUGUCAAAUAUCACUUAAAAAUGUU